AUGAGCAUGAUGGGUAAAAUCAACAAUUUUCUUGCGUUAAACAUUCGUCAAAGCAGAGAAGGAAUUUUCAUUAACCAAGAAAAAUACACGAGGAACUUGCUUGAGAAGUUUGGAAUGACGAAUAGCAUGAAGCUAAGAGUGCCAAUGGCAGUUGGAACGAAAUUAACACCUUCAUUAGAUACACCUGUUGUUGAUCUUACUUUGUAUCAGGCGAAUCCAAGAAAACCACAUUUAACAGCUGUGAAGAAUAUCUUUUGUUAUCUCAAAGGAACAAUUUCGUUAGGAUUGUGGUAUCAUUCGAAAUCUGGAUUUUUCAUUCAAGCCUUUUCGGAUGCAGAUCUUGGUGGAUGUAUUCUUGAUAGAAAAAGCAUAAGUGGAGGAUGUCAAUUACUGGAUGGGGAGCUUGUCUGUUGGCAAUCGAAAAAGCAAACUUGUGUUGUAUCAAGGAUGCUUACACGAAGAAAUUUUCAAGGGUAA